GUCUGCUCAUGUAAAACUCCACCUGUAUUACACCUAUAUAUAGACCAAGCUUUCCUGAUCGAUCAAGUUCUAAUCAAUCGGCUUAAUUAGCUCUACCUCUACCUCAUCCAUGGCUGAUCACCAGAAAGUCCAUCCGGUCCAGGACGCCGGGGCGCAUUCCCCGAGCGCUCCGUUGAUGCAACACGGUGGGUCGAGAUCGGAGAAGGGCGACCCGGCGGAGCAGGAACUGCAGUACCCUCCGUUUCGCCGAAACAUCCCGGUGAUGCACUCCAAACCCCCCAAGAGGAGAGGCUGCUGCUGCAGGUGCCUGUGCUGGACAGUAUGCCUCCUCCUGGUUCUAAUUGUGGUGAUCUGCGCCGUGCUGGGAAUCCUGUACCUUGUGUUCCAGCCAAAGCUCCCGAAGUACUCGGUGGACAGCAUGAGAAUAACCCAGUUCAAUAUGGGGAACGACAUGAGCUUGUCUGCGACGUUCAAUGUCACGGUCACGGCGAGAAACCCGAACAAGAAGAUCGGAAUAUACUAUGAGAACGGAAGCCAUUUAAGCGCGUGGUACACAGGAACAAAGCUCUGUGAAGGGACUUUCCCCAAAUUCUACCAGGGUCACCGGAACACCACCGUGCUCAAUCUGGCGCUCACCGGACAGACGCAGAACGCCAGUGAUUUGCUCACCACGGUGCAGCAGGAGCAGCAGAGUACUGGAAGCAUUCCUUUGAACCUUAGGGCUAAAGUCCCAGUGAGGGUCAAGCUUGGGAAGCUGAAGCUAAUGAAGGUAAAGUUCAGGGUCAGGUGCAGGGUACUGGUGGAUAGCUUAACUGCCGAUAAUUCAAUUACAAUAAAAAGCAGCAGUUGUAAGUUCAGGUUUAAGCUCUAAGAAUUUUCAUUUUUUUCCCCAUA